UACAACCGGUACCCGCAACAAGUGUGCGCGUGCAUCCUACUCGCAGCUGAGAAGGCCAAGGAAUGGAAGACGGUGGCGGCGCUCCAUGAUGUACACGAGAGGACCGCCUCGGGAUGUAUCAAGACGGCGAUGGACACUGGCGACUGGAGUGGCGUCCAGAAGCAGCGCGGCGGCUCCGAGAAGAAGAUCCAGGACGCGCACGUCGCUUACCUGCCCAGCGCGCUCGCUGCUACCCCUGAAUUGACGCUCGUUCCAAUGGCUGAGCUCGUUGAGCAGAAGUUUGACGUGUGCAUCAACCGAGAGACCGUGUGUCGCGCCAUGGACGCGCAUAGCUUCACGCUAAAGAAGCUCCACCGCGACGUCUCCCCGUUAGGUUCGUUCAAGUCGGAGCUGGCCAACGAGUUUACCCGGCGUUUCCUUCGCCAUAUCCGAUCGACAACCCCACUGGACGAGGUGGUCCUUGUUCUAGACAACGCCCCGUCCCAUACCUCAGCCAAGGACGUGUUUGAAGAAGCAAAGUAUGUGGGGGCCGAUAUGCUGAAGAUCGAGCCAUACUCCUCGAUGCUGAACCCUAUCGAGAACGUGUUCUCGCUGUACAAGAGCGCUGUCAAGCGCUUUCUCGCGCGGCAGCGCCCGAACAUUCUGCGCGUGCCAGAAAGAACGACCAUCACGGAGCACCGCGCUGGCUUCCUGAAGCUUGCAGCGGACCCUCUCUUCGCUGAAGUUGUAACGCCAGAGUUGUGCAACCGACGGUUUUGUCACUCGUUGCCUCACCACCAACGUGGCCUCCGGUUUGAAGACAUGCAAGUUGGAGCUUAA